UUCAGGCGGGCUUUACUCUUGGGCUCUGAAACCAAGUAGAACUAGGAAAGCUGGGACCCAGUUUAAGAGGAGGAGCUCUGGACCUGUGCGAGCACAGGCCCCGUACCUUUCCUGCUGUGCCCUCUCCUUUUCUCACUUCCCUGGGGACCAGCAGUGAUCUUCCGACAAUUGACCUCCCUACCCCCAUCCCCACCGCCAGUCGCAUCUUGAGUCAGAGGCCCUCCGAUUGAUUUUAUCCCACUGAGCUAGUUUCCCCAAGCUUUUCCAGCCUUCCAGGGCCGUCUCUUAACCCUUCUUCCCCGACCCCGACCCCGGGACUCCUGGUCUGAGUCCCAGGCUGCGCCUCCACUGGUUGGCCCUGCUGGCAAUAGGGCCCAAUGCACCCAAUUCUCCCUAAGGGUGCCCUGCCCUUAAGGAGUCACAUCUCAGUGGAGACCAGGUGCCAGAUAGCUGUAUGCUUCAUUUAAGGGAGCUCAGAGGGAUCAGGAAAGACUUCCCAGGAGAGAGGACCUUUGAGCAGGUUCUUAAAAGAUUGAGUAGGACUUCUGGCAGGGGAGAAAGGUCAUUCCAAGCUGAUGAAAGAGUAUGAACAAAGUUAGGAAAGUGGGAGCAAGAAUUCAGUGAGCCUGGCGGGUGAGGUAUGGGUCAGGGGGAAACUCAGGAAAAUAGCUGGUGUGGGCCAGGUGUUUGGACGCUACAUAACCUAGGAUUUUAGGGAGGCGAUUGGUGGCUGGGAUGAGGGAUGGGAAUGGAAUGAGACUGAAGGCAGAGGCCAGUAAGGAGGAGGAGGGUCUAAGUUAGCACACGGUGGUAGGGAUUAUGCAAUAGGAACAGGCUGGCAAAGUACUGGGUUGAGGAACCGGCAGGGCUGUUUCCACUGUGUGAAGGAGGGGGGAAGGAUUUGAAGACAAAGAGGUCAGAUUUCAAGUAGAAAUCAUGUGAUGGGGAAGAUUUGCAAUAAAGUAACUGGAAGGGGAGGAGGGAUGCUGAGUUCAGUUCUGCGAGCAUGUGGCUCGAAGCAUUGGCAGGAUGUCCAUAUGGAGAUAUCAAAUAGGAAGUCAUUCAUUCAUUUAUCUAUUAUUUAUGCCAGCCUCAAAGGCAGGUUACAUAAAAGUCACAGAGAAGAUAAAAUGAUCAAACCAUUAAAACUCAGCUAAAAGGACCUGAUAGCUAAGGAAAAACUUCAGAGGAGAGUGGAUGAUUGUUACUGGAAAAUGUUGGCUCAGAAAAGCCACUGAAAAUGAACACAGGACUCAUAGGAGCUUGCUGGCAGCCAAGCAAAAAAAAGGACACCUAAAUAAAACAGUUCACUAGGCUGGAAUUCGGGAGAAAGGCAAUCGUGAAGCCUCAGGGGAGAACCAGUGGGUGGUAGGAUCACUCAGGUGGGGAAUGUAGAGGAGAGGGGUCUGAAAGCCAAGCCAGGGCUUUGGUGAUGCUGGCAUUUAAGGAAAGGCUGAUGUUCUCCUGAGGAGGAAGGGCCUCCCUUGGCCUGCAUGAGAGGUGGAGUGGGAAAGUGGGGGUGUGUGGGGUCCAUUCACACCAUUCUUCCUGCAGCGGAACAGGAUAGAAGGUGGUGUGCUCAGUCCCCCAGGCCCUGACCUUCUCUCCUGCCAUGAGGUGGGGCUGCCAUUUGCCCAGGGCCUCUUGGGGCCCUGGUCUGGGAAGAGUACUCCAGCCAGCAGAUGAACGUAUCCCCUUCCUGAUCCACUGGAGUUGGCCCCUUAAAGGGGAGCGCCCCCUUGGGCCCCCUAGGGCCUUUAUACGCCAUCAUGGAAGCUCAGCGGGCAGUGGUCCCCCAUCAGGGAGGCACGGACAGUUGUUCCAGGGCAUCGCUGCAGCUGAAGCUAUCCAGCGGCACCGCCAGAACCUGGCCGAGUGGUUCAGCCGGCUGCCCAGGGAAGAGCGCCAGUUCGGCCCAACCUUUGCACUAGACACGGUGCAUGUAGACCCUGUGAUCCGCGAGAGCAGCCCUGAUGAGCUGCUUCGCCCACUGGCUGAGCUGGCCCUGGAGCAUCAGCCGCCCUCUGCUGGGCUCCCUCCACUGGCCCUGUCUCAGCUCUUUGACCCCGAUGCCAGUGGGCGCCGGGUGCAGACGGUGGUGCUCUACGGGACAGUGGGCACAGGCAAGAGCACGCUGGUGCGCAAGAUGGUCCUGGACUGGUGUCACGGGCGGCUGCCAGCCUUCAAGCUGCUCAUCCCCUUCUCCUGCGAGGACCUGUCAUCCCUGGGCCCUGCGCCGGCCUCCUUGUGCCAACUUGUGGCCCAGCGCUACACAACCCUGAAGGAGACUCUGCCUCUGAUGACCGCUGCCGGUUCCCGCCUGCUCUUUGUGUUCCACGGCUUGGAGCACCUCAACCUUGAUUUCCGGUUGGCGGGCACAGGGCUUUGCAGUGACCCGGAGGAGUCAGAGGCGCCAGCUGCCAUCAUCGUCAACCUGCUACGCAAAUACAUGUUGCCCGAGGCCAGCAUUCUGGUGACCACCCGGCCCUCUGCCAUCGGCCGCAUCCCCAGCAAGUAUGUGGGCCGCUAUGGCAAGAUCUGUGGCUUCUCUGAUACCAACCUACAGAAGCUCUACUUCCAGCUCCGCCUCAACCAGCCAGACUGCAGGCACGGAGCUGGGGGGGUCUCAGCCACGCCGGCUCAGCGUGACCACCUGGUGCAGAUGCUCUCCCGGAACCUGGAGGGGCACCACCAGAUCGCCGCUGCCUGCUUCCUGCCCUCGUAUUGCUGGCUUGUCUGUGCCACCCUGCACUUCCUGCACGCUCCCACACCAGCCGGCCAGACCCUCACGAGCAUCUACACCAGCUUCCUGCAUCUAAACUUCAGUGGGGAGAUGCUGGACAGCACUGACCCCUCCAAGUUGUCCCUGAUGGCCUAUGCAGCCCGAACCAUGGGCAAGUUGGCCUACGAGGGGGUGUCCUCCCGCAAGACGUACUUCUCUGAAGAGGAUGUCCGUGGCUGCCUGGAAGCUGGCAUCCAGACGGAAGAGGAGUUUCAGCUGCUGCAUGUGUUCCGCCGGGAUGCCCUGAGGUUUUUUCUGGCCCCAUGCGUGGAGCCAGGGCACCUGGGUACCUUCGUGUUCACUGUGCCCGCCAUGCAGGAAUACCUGGCUGCCCUCUACAUUGUGCUGGGUUUGCGGAAGACGACUCUGCAGCGAGUGAGCAAGGAAGUGGCCGAGCUCGUGGGCCGUGUCGGGGAGGACAUCAGCCUGGUCCUGGGCAUCAUGGCCAAACUGCUGCCCCUGCGGGCCCUGCCCCUGCUCUUCAACCUGCUCAAGGUGGUUCCACGUGUGUUCUGGCGUGUGGUAGGUAAGAGCCGUGAGGCAGUGGCCCAGGCCAUGGUGCUGGAGAUGUUCCGAGAGGAGGACUACUACAACGACGACGUCCUGGACCAGAUGGGUGCCAGUAUCCUGGGUGUGGAGGGCCCGCGGUGCCACCUGGACGAGCCCACAGAGGAUGAGGUCUUUGAGCUUUUCCCCAUGUUCAUGGGCGGCCUUCUCUCUGCCCAUAACCGGGUAGUGCUGGCUCAGCUCGGCUGCCCCAUCAAGACCCUGGAUGCCCUGGAGAAUGCCCAGGCCAUCAAGAGGAAGCUGGGCAAGCUGGGCCGGCAGGUGCUGCCCCCCUCGGAGCUCCUUGACCACCUCUUCUUCCACUAUGAGUUCCAGAAUCAGCGCUUCUCCGCCGAGGUGCUCGGCUCCCUGCGCCAGCUCAACCUGGCGGGCGUGCGCAUGACGCCCCUCAAGUGCACGGUGGUGGCAGCUGUACUGGGCAGUGGAAGGCAUGCCCUGGACGAGGUGAACUUGGCCUCCUGCCAACUGGACCCCGCCGGGCUGCGCACGCUCAGGCCUGUCUUCCUGCGUGCCCAGAAGCUGGGCUUGCAACUCAACAGCCUGGGCCCCGAGGCCUGCAGGGACCUCCGAGACCUGCUGCUGCAUGACCAGUGCCAAGUUACCACCCUGCGGCUGUCCAACAACCCGCUGACGGCAGCGGGUGUGGCCCUGCUGGUGGAGGGGCUGGCGGGAAACACCUCGCUGAAACACCUGUCUCUGCUGCACACGGGCCUUGGGGACGAGGGCCUGGAGCUGCUGGCUGCCCAGCUAGACCGUAACCAGCAGCUACAGGAGCUGAAUGUGGCCUACAACGGCGCUGGCGACACAGCGGCCCUGGCCUUAGCCAAGGCUGCCCGGGAGCACCCUUCCCUGGAGCUGCUGCACCUCUACUUCAACGAGCUGAGCUCAGAGUGCCGCCAGGCCCUGCGGGACUUGGGGAGCACCACUGAGGGCAGUGCCCAGGUCGUGGUGUCACUGACAGAGGGGACAGCAGUGUCUGAGUACUGGUCAGUGAUCCUGGGUGAAGUCCAGCGGAACCUCAACAGCUGGGAUCGGGGCCGGGUCCGGCGCCACCUGGAGCUUCUGCUGUGGGAUCUGGAAGAUAACCGAGGAGGCACCCUUAAUCCUUGGCGCAAAGCCCAGCUGCUUCGAGUGGAGGGCGAGGUCAGGGCCCUCCUGGAGCAGCUGGGAGGCCCUGGAAGCUGAGACAGUAGCAGCAGUGUGUGUCCCCUGGCCCCAAGCCGCUUCUGUCUGUGGCCUCCUAGCUUGCACUACCACUUCCAGAAAGAUCCCUUCAGGGCUGGAGGCAAAGGAAUGGGCACAGCUGUGCCAGUUGCUCUCCUGGGGCAUGUCCAACCAGUGCUUCCAAGUCUGGAGUUUUCAGGGUCACGGAACAUGCUUCCCCUCCCUUCGGCUAGAAGGACUGAAAGAUGUGGCGUUUUGGUGGCCACAUUGUCCUGUAGCACCACCACCAAUCUCCUCUUGGAUUGUGCCACCAGGGGGCACACUUCUUUCGUCGGCCUUGCCAGGGGCUUUGCCAUCCAGAUGUGUUGGAGGGCCUCCGCGUCCUGCCUUUAUGCUUUCUUGGGACACCCUGGGACCCCCAGGAUGCCAGCAGCCACUUUCCUCUCUCACUGGUGCUGUGUCCUCACCCUUGUUUCCCCUUCACCACAAUGGUACCCAACCUCGGUGGCCCCUAGGGGCAUGGGUGCUGACUUGCUGCUAUUAAAGAGCUGUGUCUUCC